UAGCCAAGCGCGCGUAUCGACGCUCUGAACAAAACAAAAACAAAUAGCUUUUCCAUCAUCCCAUCCAGGCAGGUCAGAGCUGAGUUCAAACUUGACAAAGCAUUGUGUUUGGUUGUGAAAUCUCAAGAAACUGCAAUCCAGAGCCAUCACAUAAUGAACCACUCACAUGCUGAAGACUGGAUGUCCUGCACACUGUGCAGAGCGAACCACCAAGGACAACAGGUCUUAGAGAGAGCGAGAAGGAGAGAGGUCACUUGGCCCGAACCUAGAGAACAGGGGACCCCUCCUGUUCAGGAUGCUCUGACUUACACCACUAUAAAUGAAGCCUUUGGCAGCAUCCUGCAGUAUAUGACUUCAAGCAGCAGACAAUGUAGAAGAUACUACUCCAGCAUUCCAGCGUCUACCCAUAAUGCACUGGACAAGCGGCAUUGUGGGAGAUUUCAUGCUCCGAGAUACACAGAGCCCCGGAAGACGACACACCCACUGCAGAAAACUGAAGAUGUUCACAUCCAAGUCCAGCCUGGGACUUACGCCGUGACGGCCGGAGGCUGGGGCAGAGGCAAAGGUCAACAGACGCACGUCGUCCAUGUCAACCAAGGUCAAAGUGUCAACCUUGAUUUCACCAUGUGACCUCGACUUCGUGAAUCCACCAACGGCAGCUGAUUGUAUAGACUUUUUUUAGAAACUGAUUGCGCUGGUGGUUUUAUAGACUGAUUAUAAUAAUAAUAUCCCAUGUUUAUAUAGCGCUCAAUACAUCGAUCCAACGAUGUGCCUAUUAAAGC